AUGAACCCAUCAGAGAUGCAAAGAAAAUCACCUCUGCAGAGACGGAGACACCACAGUCGAGCACCAUCGACUCGCCAGAUGAACAAAAUGGUGAUAUCGGAAGAACAGAUGAAGUUGCCAUCCACCAAGAAAGCGGAGCCACCAACUUGGGCACAACUGAAAAAGCUGACACAGUUCUCUGAAGAAAGCCUAGAGAACACAAGGGUGACACAAACUCCAGAGAGUAUGCUGCUUGCAGCUUUGAUGAUUGUAUCAAUGGUGUCUACAGGUGUACCCAGCAGCUCUGAAGAGACAGUGACCAUCAAGAACAGGCCAUGAUGAUGGCGGUUUUGUCAAAAGAAAAGGGGGAAGUGUGAAGAAAAGAAAAAGAGAUCAGGUUGUUACUGUGUCUAUCUAGAAAAAGGAAGACAAAAGAAACUCUAUUUUGAUCUGUACUAAGAAAAAUUGUUCUGCUUUGAGAUGCUGUUAGUCUGUAACUCUUGUCCCAACCCUGUGCUCACAAAAACAUGUGCUGUAUUGACUCAAGGUUUAAGGGAGGGCUGUGCAGGAUGUGCUUUGUUAAAAAUGUUUUUGCAGGCAAUAUGCUUUGUGAAAGUCAUCGCCAUUCUCCAUUCUCUAUUAACCAGGGACACAAUGCACUGUGGAAGGCCGCAGGGACCCCUUCCCAAGAAAGCCUGGGUAUUGUCCAGGUUUCCCCACACUGAGACAGCCUGAGAUAUGGCCUCGUGGGAAGGGAAAGACCUUACAUCCCCCCAGCCCGACACCCGUAAAGGGUCUGUGCUAAGGAGGGUUAGUGAAAGAGGAAGGCCUCUAUGCAGUUGAGAUAAGAGGAUGGCAUCUGUCUCCUGCACGUCCCUGGGAUUGGAUGUCUCAGUGUAAAACCGACCAUACAUUCUAUUCUGAGAUAGGAGAAAACCACCUUAUGGCUGGAGGUGAGACAUCAUGGUGGCAAUACUGCUCUGUUACUCUUUAUACUGCACUGAGGUGCUUAUGUAAGCUUAAACAUAAAUCUAGUGAUUGUGCACAUCCAAGCACAGCACCUUUUCUUAAACUUAUUUAUGACACAGAGUCUUUGCUCACAUGUUCUU